CAAAGUUUUCACCUGUUGUUUUGUAGAUAUAAUAUUCUUAGAGUCAUGCCCCCCACUUCGACCAGGAAGAAGGUCAUGCUUUCCACCUCUGUCCGUUCUCCUAUAUAAAGCUCCCUCCAGUGACCAUCUUUUCCUCCCAUCUCUCCUCUCCCUCUGCUUCAUCUAUUGAAAAAUAGGGGCUCCAAGAGAAUAUUCUCUCACCAAGAAUUACCACUCUGUGGCCAUGGAAGUUGGGACUGGAAGCGGUGAGAAGAUUGGAUUCUCUCCAUGGUGGCCGUUCCUCAGCUCAUUGGUGGAGAGGCUAAUGGCAAGGGUGACUGGAUUUCUGAACAAGUUGAAGAAGAUUGCCAAUGAUGAUCCGAGACGAAUAUCUCAUUCUUGUAAAGUAGGAUUGGCACUCACACUGGUCUCCAUCUUCUACUAUGUCACACCACUCUUCGAUGGCUUCGGAGUUUCGGCCAUAUGGGCCGUGCUCACCGUCGUGGUGGUCAUGGAAUUUACAGUAGGUGCAACACUAAGCAAAGGUCUGAACAGAGCUUUUGCCACACUACUGGCUGGUUUUCUGGCGGUAGGAGCUCAUCAAAUUGCAAUCCUGUUUGGGGAGAAAGGAGAACCGAUACUGCUUGGUCUCUUUGUGUUCUUAUUAGCGGCAUCAGCGACCUUCUCACGAUUCAUACCAGAGAUCAAAGCAAGAUACGACUAUGGGGUGACGAUUUUUAUACUGACAUUUAGCCUCGUGGCGGUUUCGAGCUACCGGGCCGAUGAGUUGAUCCAGUUAGCUCACCAGAGGCUCUCUACAAUUGUCAUUGGGGUGGUCACUUGCCUCUUCACAACCAUCUUCGUUAUCCCUGUGUGGGCUGGAGAAGACCUUCACAAGCUGGCUGCUGGCAACUUGGACAAGCUUGCGAGCUUCUUGGAAGGAUUGGGAUCCGAGUGCCUUGGGGAGAAGAUGGGCGGUGAGAGUUUGGAGGGCAAAUCCUUCCUGCAAGUUCACAAGAGCGUUCUCAACUCAAAGCCAACCGAGGACUCUUUGUGUAAUUUUGCAAGAUGGGAACCGGGUCAUGGCCGUUUCAGAUUUAGGCACCCAUGGAGACAGUACCUCAAGAUCGGAGCUUCAAGCCGCCGCUGUGCUUCUUACAUGGAGGCUCUCACCACCUACAUCACCACCACUCCUAAAACCGAGUCAAACAAGGAGCCGGAGCUCCGGUUAAAGAUCCGAACCGCUUGCGUGGAGAUGAGCUCCGAAUCCGCUAAAGCGCUCAGAGUGCUCUCCUCGGCGAUUCGAAACAUGACGGCGCCGACGUCCGCCCAAUCCCACGUGGCAGCCGCGGUCGCAGCGAGCGGCGAAUUAGGAGCCGCGCUAUCGAAGGACGCGGAUCUCGCGGAUGUCCUACACGUGGCGACCAUCGCGACGCUCCUCGCCGAGCUAGUGGUACGGACGCAGGAGAUCGCCGGCUCGGUGGAGGAGUUGGCCCGGCUCGCCCGUUUCAGAAGCCUCGAACCGGUUACCAAGGCCUCCGUUAAACCGGUGGCGGAUGGAGAAAGCCCUCCUCACGUGGCUAUUGAUGUUAGGGAAUGAUGGUAUCACUGUGCAGGACUUAACAUAUAUGCGGGCAGGGAUGUGGCUCAGAUAAAAAGAUUGGUGGAAGCAUACCCCAAUGUGCACAUUACUGGUUAUUCUCGCGAUACACUAUAUAUACUUGACAAGAAUUUGUCCUCUUUUGUUGAGUUGAUGAGUUUGUGUAAGCGAAUAUCUAAUGACUACACAAAUAGAUCCUUGUGUAUCAAAUAAAUAAAUAAAUAAAUCCUUGAAGCACAUUGAUCUCUU